AUGCAGAGGACCGCCCCGCGCAACAAGACAAAGACACCGGCUGCCGGAGACAGCCCCGCAAUCCUGCACAGACACCUCCUGUCAGAAGAGGGCUUUCGUGAAGGACUCGAGCGAGUUUUCUGCAGUUUGAGUGGUCGGGGCUCAGGAGCUUCGACUCAAGCACGAGGCACGGGCCGUGGAGUCUUUCAAGAUGCUGAGCGUGACUUGCUGUGGCACACAGGCUUCGGGCAAUUGCAGGACAUCCGCACUCCUCAAAAGCCUAGCUGGCUGGAAGUGCUGCUGAUGGGAAUCGCGAAGCCCUUACAUCCCAGUCCCGCAGCAGUGCCAUUGAAAAUCCGCAGGUGCCCCAGGCGACAGGUGUUGGCCUGA